CACUCACUCACUCACUCCCAAUAAUUCACCCAAAAGGUUGUCUUGUCUUGGAGUAGUAGGUAGAGAACCCAUCAAUCUCACAUCUCAUCCUCAUCCUCAUCCUCAUCCUCAUCCUCAUCAUCAACCUCCCUUAUUUUCUUGACAACUAAAUAACUAUAAUAAUAUACCAAACUUUAUUACUUUUUUAAAUAAUCCCAUUCUGCACUGCAAAUCUCUCCAAUUUUAUUCGAUUGUUUACUAUUUCUUCAUUUUGUUUACUUAUAGAAAAACUUUCAAUAAAAUAAUAAAUCAACCAAAGAAACUGAAUGGACAUUCAGUUCUCAAUCCCAGCCAUUUCUAAACAGCAAGAACCCUGGACUUUGGCUCAGACUUAAUCCCUUUUCCUUUUCCUGAGACUAUCCGAUCGAGUUUAACAACCUCGAUUCUCCCGACAUAAACAGCAUUCGUUGGUAAAGCAAUUCGUUAUUUCCGUCUAGAACACUUACCCUCUUGCGCCGGCAUUGGGAAAAGAAGUGAAAGUACUUGGCCUCGAAUGGCACGAUGGCAUUCCUCUUCAAGAGUAAAAAGAAUGCAGACAAGGCUCAGGCUUUGAGGGAUGGCGGGAAUGGUGUACCUGGUUCGCAGCAAUCAUCCCUUCAAAAUGCGAAUGGACGUAUGCCGCAACAGGCAGAGAGGACGACGACCCCUUCGAGCAGUGUCAAUAAUUCCAUUACUUCCCUGCAAGGUCUGCAAGGAGGCAAUCCAACUACGCCAAGCCCCGAACAGUUAAACGCUCGACGAGGACCCAAUCCAGAGCAAGCGCAAGACAUCGCGGUAAGUGAUUGGCAAUAUCUUGUGAAUGUCGCAAACCGCAUUUCCCAUUGCUGAGAUGGGGAUUCAAAUACUAACUGAUGUUGUUUAAUGUAGCUGCGCAACGGCGCGCCACCUCCAGUACAAUCAAUGAAUUCAAACCCCAAUUCGUCGUUAUACCCGUGGUCGCAAAGAAGAAUCACAUAUACAACUAAUCAUCCUCCUCCCUUUCCUCGUUAUGGCGCCGCUGUCAAUUCCAUGGCCUCGAAAGAGGGUGAGAUAUACCUCAUGGGAGGUCUCAUCAACAGCUCAACAGUAAAAGGGGAUCUAUGGAUGGUAGAAGCGGGUGCAAAUAUGGCAUGUUACCCAUUGGGCACGACAGCUGAGGGUCCAGGACCAAGAGUUGGACAUGCAAGUUUACUGGUGGGAAAUGCAUUUAUUGUGUAUGGAGGAGAUACCAAGAUGGAGGAUUCUGACGUCCUAGAUGAAACUUUAUAUUUAUUGAAUACUUGUAGGUCAAUCCUCACGCAUACGAGAAUCAUGCUAAAGAAUCAUCAGCUACAAGGCAAUGGUCAAGAGCUGUACCAGCAGGACCGAGGCCGGCAGGAAGAUAUGGGCACUCUUUAAAUAUUUUGGGCUCGAAAAUUUAUGUCUUUGGUGGCCAAGUGGAGGGAUAUUUCAUGAAUGAUCUUGUUGCCUUUGAUUUGAAUCAAUUGCAGAUUCCUACAAACAGAUGGGAAAUGCUUAUACAAAACAGUGAUGAAGGUGGACCAUCCGUAGGACAAAUACCCCCAGCCAGGACAAACCACUCUGUUGUAACUUUUAAUGAAAAACUUUUCCUGUAAGUUUUCAACAUUGAGAUGGUCAAUAGUCCCGAGCAGUACUAAUUGUUCCAGAUUUGGAGGAACCAACGGUCUUCAAUGGUUUAACGAUGUUUGGUGCUACGAUCCAAUCACUAAUGCAUGGACUCAACUUGAUUGCAUUGGGUAUAUUCCGGCUCCUCGAGAAGGCCAUGCUGCCGCAAUUGUCGAUGAUGUAAUGUAUAUCUUUGGUGGUCGAACUGAAGAAGGUGCAGAUUUAGGUGAUUUAGCAGCAUUCAGAAUCUCAUCGAGGCGUUGGUAUACUUUCCAAAAUAUGGGACCUUCGCCCUCUCCACGUUCCGGACACAGUAUGACAGCAUACGGCAAACAAAUUAUUGUCCUUGCUGGGGAGCCAAGCACAGCAACUCGUGAGGCUCAAGAUCUCUCAACUGUCUACGUCCUCGACACAAGCAAAAUUCGAUACCCAAAUGACCAGCAGACAUCACAACAAUCUCAGCAAACUGCUGUGAAUGAACGUGUGCCUGGAGGUAGACGUCCAAGUGGAGGUGAGAAGAGUGGUUUGCAUCCACGAAACAUGGGCUCUAGAGAUAUCUCCGCGUUGCCAGAACCAAAGAAAGGUAAUGGUCCACCUAGAGAGGGCCCCAUCAAUCGAAGUGCUGGACAGCCCAAUGUGAACGGCAAUGAUUCAAAUGGUAUCGCCCCAGGCUCGGCUCAACCUCAAGGUCCACAAGCUGGGUCGAAAUUACCGAGAGCAUCAUCGGCGGCACAACCUCAACCUGGCCCACCACCACAACAGCAAGUACCUAAUCCUCGAGGUCCCAAUGCUGGGCCCAAUGGUAGAGGGUCCAGGGGUCCGCAGGGUGCACAGGGUCCACCAGGUCCGCAAGUCCAUCCAAAUUCUCAGGGCCCACCAGGUCCGCAAGGUCAUCCAAAUUCUCAGGGUCCACCAGGUCCGCAAGGUCAUCCAAAUUCUCAGGGCCCACCAGGUCCGCAAGGUCAUCCAAAUCCUCAAGGUCCUCCAGGACAAGGAAGACCUGAUAAUCGCUUUGGUCCUGCUAUAGAUACCUCUAUGCGAAAUCCCAGAUCGGAAAAUAUAGCAUUGGCUCAACGAGCGCUUUCGCCUUCACAGGAGGAAGGUCCCCAGGCUCGGGAGAGUCCAAUCACUAGUGGUCCACGUCCUCCGCUCCAGAAUGCUCCACAGCAGCAACAGCCACUAUCGCAAAAUCAAACUCCCCCUCAAACAAUGCAAGCUGGAAUUCCACCUCAAUCUCCACCACCACCACAAUCACAAUCACAGCAAAUUGCCAAUUCGAUACCAAUGCAAGAUUCUGAUGCGCGACAAUCUCAGCAAACUUCAAAAUCGAUAAGCAGGCAAGAUUCUAGUGCUCAGCAAGCAGGUAGUACGAGUUCAAGAGCUUCGUCGAAACAGCGACAGCCCCGUGGUCAAAAUUCAGUAGAUAGCAAUACGGACAUUUCUUUGAGAAAUGUUACAAGUCGUCAGGCAUCGCCGCCCCCACCUACAAGACAAGCGAGUAACUCUGUCAGUCGAAGAAGUUCAACGAGAAAUUCCCAAACUGUGACAUUACUCAAAGAGUUGGAUGCUGCUAAAAAUAGAAACGCCUGGUAUGCUUCGGAGCUUGAACUUGCACGAAAAGCUGGAUACACACCCAAUCCUUCAAGCAACUCCAUGCUGGACCAGAAAGCUGCAGAGUCCUUCGAUGAUGACGAUAAGCCACUCAUUGAGGCUCUUUUAGCAAUGAAAGCGGAGCUUGCUAAUGUUCAGGGCUCGAUUGACAAGCAAGCGGUUCUUGCAGCAAAACAAAUUGCCGAAGUCGAAAAACAACGAGAUGCCGCUAUCAAUGAAGCAGUGUAUCACAAAGCAAAACUUGCUGCACAUGCCGGGAGUCAAAGCAGUACACCACAACCUGACAGCGAAAAUAGAGACAUCGAAGCUAUGUCAAUUAAUCGAUCUUCGGAUAUCAGUAGAAAAUUGGCUACCGCUUUAGCAUCGCAACGAGACCUCAAGAACAAGGUGGAUAGUCUCACAGCUGAGCUCGAAGCCGAAAAGCGUGGAAGACAACUUGCUGAAGAUACCGCGAAUUUAACACAGGCACGGAUGACGGAGUUACAAGCAUACAAACAACAAAACUCCUCCGAGGUUGAGCUUCUCAAAGCAGAAUUGCACGAAUUGGAGGUUCAAGCUAGGGAAGAGGCGAUUAUUUGUGCUGAAGCUGUGGCGACCGCACAACUCAUUCAAGCCGAGAAGGAUGAAUUAGAAGCACGACAUAAGGAGGUAAUGGAAGCAGCGCAGGACCAUAGCGAGACAUUCGAAUCUCUUCGGGAAGCCAUGACAUCAACGGCUGACAUGAAGAAUCUCUUGGAGCGGAAACUCGACGAGGAACGUACAAUACGCCAGACUGUCGAAGAAAAGCUCUCCAAGCUUAGGGCUGAGCACGAGAACCGUACUUCAGAAUUAGAGUCCAUCACCCGACGCUUGCAAGAUGCUGAAGAACUAGCUGAGCAACACGCAAAUGAGGCUCGAACUCACAAGCAGGCUGUGAUGUCUGGUCUUGAUAGAGUCUCGGCAGCUAGAAACAUCGCGCCGAGUGAUUCUGCAAGAGAUGAUCGCGUUUUGGCCCUCGAGGCACAAGUGCAAGCUUCAAAUGCUUUGGUUAGGAAAUACCAAGCUGCAGCGAAUACUGCUUCAGAUAAGCUUCGAAGUGCCGAGGAGCGCAUCGCUGGAUUGGAGGCUUAUCAAGAGCAGGCUAGUCGGGAGGGCAUGUCUAUUCGAAAGCAACUUCAAGCAUCCAUGCGUGAAACACAAUCACUCCAAGCUGCUAACUCUGAUAUGAAACAUCAGCUUGCUAAUCAACAGCUGGAGACCAAUGCGGUCAGUGUUCAGCACAAUACCUUGAAGGAUAUUUUAGGUGAGCGUGGUAUCAGUCCUGUUGGUGCGUCAAGGAAUCGAGGAUUAUCUAGUCCUCAAUCUGGUUCGAACACACCUGAUAUGGCACGUCUCCGCGAGCUUGAGCAGCAACUUGCGGCUAGCAUGCAUGCACAUCAAGAAAUUAAGGAAGCUUUUGAGAACCGAGAGCAAGAAGCAGAAAGUGCUUAUCGCGAAAAAUUGAGUCAGCUUGAAAAUGACUACCAAUCUGCCGUGCAUUAUGUCAAGGGUACUGAAAAAAUGCUAAAGCGAAUGAAGGACGAAUUGUCUAGAUACAAGCAAGAUAAUACACGAUUAAAGGAACAGCUCACAGCUGCCGAUGAGAGGUCUGCGGCAUCAAGAUCACCUACGAGUUGGGAAAGCGAACGUGCUGGCUUGGUUGGUCAAAUCGAAACACUUCAGUCUGAGAUCAAUUCAUCCGCUGCGCAAAUGCACAAGGAGUUGGCAGAUGUUCAAAAGGAAUUACAAGACGCUCAGAAUAGUCACUCUGACUUGAUGCGGAGCCACGAAGAAUUGAAAAAGCAAUUGGCAUCUACUAGUGAACAAGCACGACAUGAGCUUGGUCAAUUACAAGAAGAAAACGCUCAACUGGAAAAGCGUGCUCAAGAUGCCGAAGAGAAGGUUUCCUUAUUACUUGAUCAGGUCGAAUCAUCAGUUGACAAUUACCGUCGUCAAUCACGCAAUGUCGAUAGUAUUGUCGGAGCCCCAGUUCACACUACACAUGAACGAAAUUCGAUCGGUCACGAAUCAGUAUCUGAAUCAUCGAUGUAUGGUGGCGCUAAUGAUAACCGCAAUAGCUUGGCCUUGGACAGUCUUGCCUCCGAGUUAGAAACACUAAGAACGCAAUGGAAAGAAACGAACAAAAACUACAGGCUCAGUAAUUUCGGUGAAGACGACGAGCGUCCUACGACCGGCAAAUCCGACGCCGAGAAUACUCCCCAUAUAAGUGUUGGUCUUGCAGAUUGGAGAAAACGAUUAGAAGUCGAAGAGCAAGAAGCUAGAUCGAGAACUGGAAGCUUUACCGGCUCAGAAAGAAUCAUGAGUCCUACUGGCGGUAGAAAGGAUGCUAAUGCUGGUGCAUCGAGCCCGAAUCAAGCCAACAUGCUUUAAUAUUGUAGCAGUGGCCUUGAGGAUUCAUAUUGCGGAUGGAAAUACUUGUUUAAUUAUUUUGGAUUGCUUGCUUGCGAAAAUGGUUUGGGAUGGGUAUCGAAUUACAUACAUACAUGGAAAAGAAUUCGAGAUGGCCACCACAUUUUAAUGAAUUUAUGAGGAUAGGGAAUAAGAUAAAGAUACCGAAUGGAGAGGAAGAGAUUAAAGCAAAUUGUAUCUCAGGGUGGCCAGGCUACCCUUUUCCUUUCCGGGUUUGCUGUUUAUUGUUGUGCAAUCUAAACAAUGUUGCUUCUUGCAUAUAAUUCGCUUGCUUGUGGGUUUUUCUUUUCAUGGAAAUGGAGGAAGGGAAAGGGGCAAACGUCAUACUUGCAUCGUUUUGCGUUUCGAUGUGUUUUGCAAUUCUUCUCUUCUUUGCAAUGGCGCUGUGGUGCAUUAUCUCACAGAGUCAACUUUCUUUUAUCAUAUGAUGGGAUUUUGUUGGGUUGCACAUGGCAUUGCACUGCAAGAAUUUUCUCCUUUAAAGUGGUGGAUGAUGAUUUUCCGAGUCUCAUCGGAAGCAGAUCUGAUGAGUGAUGAGAAUGUUGUGAGGGAAAGUUAUACAUUGUCUGGUGAGAAGGAGACGAGAGAUGUAUUCUCCCUGGGGUGAUUGAGUUAAGAAGGUGUGUCUAAUAUGGGUGGUAUGAGGCGAGGCAGGUUCUAGAGCAGAUGGUAAGACUCAUUGCGGCUUAAUACUGCUGCUACUUGUGAUUAAAAUUUGUUUGUUUGUUUGCGCUUUUGGAAUCGGAAUCAGAAUCAGAAUUGGAAUUGGAAUUGGAAUUGGCAUGAUGAACUUGAUAAUGUAGUAUAAGUUUUAUUUUAUGGAGUGAUGGAGUCAGUAUAAGAGUUUGUGUAUGUGAGAUGGUAGAUGGAAGGUGGAAAAGGUGAUGCAGAUAUGGGGAUGGAUGGUGGGAGUGAGGGAAGAUAUGGAAGAGUUGAGAAUGGAUAGGAGAAGAGAUAAGGAAACAUAUGGAUAGGGUUCAUAGAGAGAUGUCAAUGAGAAGAGUAAAGAUUUCAUA